AUGGCCGACUCUAGGAAUAAGGGUGUCGAGCGGACCAAUGGAUCUAGCUCAAGCCAAGCUGGCUUCCAACCACAGGUCAACAUGACAGUCGAGCGCCCCAGACAGGAGGACCUACAACAGAGUUAUGCAUCCAUCGUCGGUACUGAUGCUAACCCUAAGGGCUGGUAUGGAUCGAUGAUUAAUGCUAUCGGCUCUUGCGUGGGUUCUCUCGGGGCUAUUCCUUGCAUCAUUUGCUGCCCUAAUCCCUAUAAGCAAGUCAGUCAAGGCAACGUGGGACUUGUCACCAAGUUCGGGAAAUUCUAUAAAGCUGUCGAUCCUGGUCUUGUAAAGAUCAAUCCUCUCAGCGAGAAACUGAUCCAGGUUGAUGUCAAGAUCCAAAUCGUUGAGGUACCCAAGCAAGUUUGCAUGACCAAAGACAACGUCAAUGUCGAAUUGACAUCGGUCAUCUACUACCACGUCACUUCGCCGCACAAGGCUGCAUUCGGAAUCACCAACCUACGACAGGCCCUUGUCGAGCGGACACAGACAACCCUGCGACACGUCGUCGGUGCACGCGUCCUACAAGAUAUUAUCGAGCGCCGCGAGGAGAUCGCGACGAGCAUCAGCGAAAUAGUUGAGGACCUGGCAAGAAGCUGGGGAUGUGAAAUUUCCGCCAUCCUCAUUAAAGAUAUUUACUUUUCUACUGAUCUUCAGAAUUCCUUAUCUAUGGCAGCGCAGAGCAAGCGUAUUGGAGAGAGCAAGAUUAUAGCGGCGAAAGCUGAGGUAGAAUCGGCCCGGCUUAUGCGUCAAGCAGCAGAUAUCUUGUCGUCCGCGCCGGCGAUGCAAAUCAGAUACCUAGAGGCAAUGCAGGCUAUGGCAAAAACAGCGAACUCAAAGGUCAUUUUCCUCCCGGCCGCGAACCAGACAAUGCCAAAUAUCAACAAUGCCAUGGCUCAGGCAGCCAAACAAUAUGAAAUCGGCGAGUCGAGUGGCACUCAGGAUGACGACGGUUUCUCGCAGGCGGUCAACGCUCACAUCAUUGAGAAUAUCUAA